AAUACUGGAAUCUUAAUAUACACAUCGCUUAUAUACUACUUCAUUAUCUAAGUACAAAAAGUUGUGUUGAGAGCCGCUCUGGUUCUAGGGUUUUCCGUUUCUUCACCGAGAUCAAUGGAGAAGAAGUUCGAUAAGAAGUUCACUUGGGUGAUCAAAGAUUUCUCUUCUUUGCAAUCAGUGAAUAUACUGUCAGAUAUUUUCGUUGUCCGUGGCUGCAAAUGGCAACUUAAUGCAUAUCCCAAAGGAAACAAGGGUCAGAACUUUUUGUCUUUGUUUCUGGAAGUCGCCGGUUAUGGAUCAUUCCCAUCUGGAUGGAGAAGACACGCACGAUUUCGCGUUAUUGUAGUAAAUCAACGUUCUGAGACACUCUCCCGGCAACUUGAAGGACAAAACUGGUUUGAAGAGAAGGCUAAGGGCUGGGGUUUUCCAUCCAUGCUUUCUCUUGAUGAAAUUAAUGCCAAAGAUAGUGGGUUCCUGGUGAAUGGGGAGCUCAAGAUUGUUGUCGAGAUAGAUCUUCUUGAAAUUAUUGGCAAAGUAGAGGUUAAUGGGUUUCACCUUCUUUCUUCACAGGUGGAAUCUGUGAGCCGUAUGUUUGAAAAACAUCCAGAAACUGCCUCUGAAGUACAUCUAAAGAACCCAAAUCUUAGGACAGGUUACAUGAGUUUGCUACUAAGUCUGAUAGAUACUCUGUGCCAGUCUCCUCACAAGCUCCCCAAGGAUGAUCUGGAUGAGGCUCAUUAUGCACUGGAAUCAUUGACUGAUGCUGGUUUAAAGUUGGAUUGGUUGGAGAAGAAAAUUUCUCAAGUGUCAGAAAUGAAGGAGAAAGAGAAAGAUGGUGAGAGUCGUAGGCAAGAUAUUGAGAAAGAGUUGAAAGAUUUAAAGCAGAAGUGCUCAGAUGUGGAAGCUCAGCUGGAGAAGGAGAAGUCAGAGGCGUUGGCUGCAAAAGCUCCCUUCUCAUUCGAUGAUAUUAUUCAAUGAUCUUGAGUUAUUAGAAUUUAGAAGUUUGUUCUUAUUUGGUUAUGCAAUGUUGUUUGAA